AUGAAUUUUCUUCAAUUAAUAUCGUUUGCAAAUAUACAUCAUGGUGAUGAAAAUCUUGAUUCUAUUAUAGAAAUACAAGGUCUUAAUGGAGCAUUUCCAAGAACUUUUAUAAUAACAACAAUGAAACGAGAAACCAUAACAUCGGAAAGGUGCACUGUUAAAAACAAGUUGAAUAAUCAUCAAAUCAAAAUGAAAAUAACAAAACUGAAACAAUAAGUAAAAUAUGUGGAGAUAAACAUCGUAAAACAAGACGAUAAAAUAAUUUGAGAAUAUGGAAAUGCAACAAUAAAUAAAGUAGAUCAAGUUUAUUCAUCAUCGAAUGGUAAUAAUAAUCAAGCAAUUAUUUGCGAGAAUAGACGUUCGGAUUUUUUCUACAAAACUUUUUUCUUAAAUAAAAUUUUCUUGUUCAAAUGAUCUACUAAAAAUAAAUGAAAGAAAAUAUUAUUUGGGUCGGUCAUUUUUAUUUUGAAAGAAAAACAUUUAGUUGUCUCGCUAUAUUUUACUUAAUAUAUGUUAUUUUCUCCGCUUUAUCAAAGCUGAGUAUCUUUUCCGAUUGAAAAUAAACUUAUCAGCAACAGCAUCAUUUUCAUCAACAACGACAGAAGAAAAAAGGUAUCAACUCAGAUCGAAUGAGCAUCCAACGGCUUAUAUACAAUUAGAAAAAAACUUUUUUUUCUCUAAUCUUCAUUUACGAUUUACUCACACAUUAGAAUAUCAAUUUAAUUUGGAGAAUGUGAGUGUGGGUGUGUCUCUUUUUCUUCUGUCACCAGUAUACUCACACCCCACAUCCAUACCCAUAAAUGAAAUAAAGGAUAUUAUCAAUUUAGAAAUGAUUCACUGGUAACAAUAAUCCUUUACGAUAAUAUGAAUAAAUGCAUUUAAUUAUUACUCUGAGUUCAAGAAAAUAAACUUACUUUUGAUUACCAUUCAUUAAUGAAUGUUUAUCAGGUAGCCAAGGAUUGCUCAGACUAAAGCUGAGCUCUUGCAAUUGUGGAUGAUAUUUAAGUAAAUGUAACAGAAAGGUUAGUGAAUAUUCUCAAAGUAUAAUUGAUUGUAAGUUCAAAAAUCUUGUUUCAAUCUGCAUGAAAGCUUUAUUAACUGGUAGAACCAUCUUUUUAUAUACACCGCGGGAAACGAAGGCGACAUGGACGUAACAAAGGAAAUAAGUCAAAUAUUCGUUUAUAAUAUGCACCAUCAGGCACAUCUUCAAAUGUAUAAGCAGCACGAUAGUAAGUUGAAAAAUGCACGCCAAACAUGAUGAGAGAAGUGUUGGAUAAAAAUAAAUGUGAUGCUAACCAUAAUCCAUU